UAUCUAGGCAAUAUUGCAAUAUUCGAUGACGGAAUCUCCCGAAUAUUCAAUCAUCAAUGAGUAAAUUUUUAUCAAUUUUACGGUAGUGAUUAGUGAACAAAUAUGUGUUUUCAGAUUUUCAUUUCAAUUAAUUAGUAGUCUUAAAAUAUCGCAUAUCCUUUGAUAUUAAAUUAACAUUUAUGUUGCUCCAACUGCCUGUAAUAAAGACUAAAUUAAGUGUUGUACCCGCACUCCCAAGUAUUAAACGUGUUUGUGAGGAUCAUUGACAUUCGAUGUAGCGAUACUAUUUGAAAAUCUUUAGUUAGUAAUGUUUGUGCUGGUUAUAUGUGCCUUUAUUGCUCCCGGUAAAUGGAUUAGACGUUUCUGAUGUUUUGGAAGCCAUGGAAAGACAGGAGCGGAUCCACGGCAACAUGGAGGCGCCCGAUACCAUCGACACAAGACAGUCGAAGCAACGCGCGUCCAUCAAAUGGCUGCUCUCGAAGGCGUUCAACAACCGGGUCCCCGACAACUUGCAGGAGCCCUUCUACCGGGAUCAUGAGGGUCAAGAGCGGCUGAAACCGGCGAUAACGGGCGGCUUGGCGAGCGCCGAGCUGUACUGUCUGGCGCUGGCCAACGUUUACUCCGACCCCGGCUUCCACAGCCUGAACCACACCGCCAUCCUGCAGGCCCUGGCUCGAAAAGGUGCGCCGCCAGUCGCGGCCGCGCCCCUCACCGAGACCGUGCUCAUCCAGAACAACCCGCUGCGGCUGAGCGCGCACCUGGCCGUCACCGAGGCGCUCAUGGCGGUGUACGCACGCGAGGUGGUCACCCCGGAACGGGUGGCGGCCGCCGCGCUGCGAUUUGGCGGAGAGCCUCCCGCCGGAGUCGCGUCGCCUGAAGACGGCCUCCUCGUCUGGAUCAACGCAGCGUGCGCGGCUUUCAACCGGGCCCGGGAGACGGGGUGCGCAGAGGUGACCGGCGUGCGCAGCGUGGAAGAGGUGUGCUCGGGGGCGGCGCUGGCGGCGCUGCUGUCGUGGUACUGCCCGGGUGCCGUGCCGCGAUCCGCCGUGCGCGCCGCGCCGCUGGCCUCGCUGCACGACUCGCUGCACAACCUGUCGCUCGUCUACGACUUCUGCCGCGACCACUUGCCGCACAACUGCUUCCACAUGCUGCCAGAGGACGUCACCUACAUGCGCGGAUCGAUGCGGCAAAACCUGGUGGCGUUGCUGGCGGAUCUGUUUAACCUGCUGGAGGUGCACCCCGUGCUCGCCGUGCAGCGCUCUCGCGCGGGUCCGUCGGGGUCGGCGGAGCGGAGUAACGCGUGGGGCGUGCGUCACUCGCGCCAUCUGCCGCCGCCGGACCCCGUGCCCAUCCCGCGCCUCCGGGACUCGCUCGACGACCGGCCCUUCGCAGGGUCUCGGUCGCCUUCGUCCGGCGGACGAGCGUCGCGGGCGGGAGGCGCGGGCGGAGACGACUUCGCGAUCCACCGCGGCAAGGCGGUCACGACGCUGUCGGCCAUGUUGCGGCGGGAGCUGAACGACGACGAAACGGCGAGCGAGCAGCAGGCGACGGCGGCGGGAAGACCGUCCAAGUGGGGCACGAGCCGCGAGGGCAGUUUUGCCGGUCGUCGCUCGCGCCGCUCGUCCGUCACCGACGACAGCCAGCUCACCGUCGAGAACUUCGGCGGCUCGGCCGGCGCCAACCACUUCGCGCAGCGCAACCCGCAGAAGGACCUCGCCACGCUCGAUCACCUGGCCGAUUUCGCUCCCCACCACGGUAACCUGAGUCACAACCCGCCGCUGCGUUCGUCGCGGCAGGACAUCCGCGGCUCCCUGAGCCUGGCGCACGACGAGACCAACGGGGACCGAUCGCCCCCUCCGCCGCCCCAGCCCCCGGCCGGCGACGGGCCCGUCUGCACCAACGGCCAACAGAGAGGUCUGCAAACGAGAGGCGGCCGGGAGGACAGGGAGAGGCGGAAGAGCGCCGCGGGUCCGGCGCAGAGCGGCACGACCACUUGGCACGAGCACUACUUGCAGCACGAGCACCAACUGCACAACGGCGACGAGGAGACGGAGGAGAGCGACGGAGGCGAGGGGGGCUCGGGAGGCGCCAUGGCGGCGCAGCUCAACAACAUCCGCCUCAAGCUGGAGGAGAAGCGGCGCCGCAUCGAGCAGGACAAGCGCCGGCUCGAGCAGGCCGUCGCCCGCCAGCGGCAGAACCUCGGGCACCAGGCCUUCCUGCAGGCCGUCACGCGGGCUGGAUAUUUGCAAAGCCGGCCGGCCGAGGCGGGCAAGUCUCGCGGCGCGGACGCGGCCCCCUCGCCGGACCCCACGCAGGAGCCGGCGGAGUCCCCGUCGAGCGGCGCGGAGAAUUUGGCCCUGGAGCAGUAUCGGCAGUCCAUCACCAGAAUGAACACGAGUCUGCAGGACAUACAGAGCGACAUAGCGCGCCUCGCCACGCAGCACAGUCAACUUCAACAGCAACAGCAGCAGCAGCAACAGCAGCAACUCCAACAGCAGCAGCAUCAGCUCCAGCAGCAACUGCAACAACAGCAGCAACAGCUCCAGCAGCAGCUUCAACAGCAGCAAGCGAAGCAGUUAUUUCAGCAGCACUUUGAUCAGUAUCAAUCGAAUAUUCCACAAUUGCACAGCCAGUUCAGUUCAGCGCAGAACGUGUCGCUGUCGGCGGGCGGCGCCUUCGGCUCGUCCCCGCAGCUGGCGAUGGAGCCGCAGUACCGGCCCAUCGAAGCCGCCUUCCUGUUGCACGACGCGCCUCUGUCUACGCCGCAGCGUCGCACCUGGGCGCAGCACGCGCGGCUGCAACAGGAGCACAACGAGCUGCGAGGCUGGCAGCUGUCCCGACAGAGUCAGCCGAGCGAGUCCUACUCGCCCUACGCGGAGAGCGGUCGCACCUGGCGCUCCCCGUCGCCGGCGGCCGGCGAGCGCGGGAGCUGGUCGCCGCAGGGCUUCGUGCUGCACGACCGGGCCGCCGCGCCCAACGGCGAGGUGCGGCACGCCAGCCUGGCGCCGGACACGCCUCCUCCCAGCCCGCGACGGCAGCGACCGCCGGCGCCCUCGCCGCCGCCGUCGCCGCCCGCCGACAUGGAGCCGCAGAACAUCUCCUUCAUCGGCGCCGCCGAAGAAGAGGCGCUCGGCGGCCUCGGCCGCCUUCACAUCUCGUCGGGCACGCGCACCUACCGCAUCCCCUCGCCCACGAGGCCGCCGCUCUCGCGGGACUCUUUCCGUCGGGAGGAAACGAACGAGAAGGGCUUCUACAUCUCCUUCGACGACGAGCAGCCCAAGCGCUCCAAGCCGCCUCUGCGGCAGAAGCGCGGCUCGCCCCGCGUGGACCCGCCCGACGACCGCGUCGACGCCCCCGACGCCUGGCCCGACGACGACUUCGUCGUGCACAGGAAUUCACAUCCGGAGGCGAGGUCCGAUCGCCGCGAGUCGCCGGCGCGGGAAAGCAGCUUCCCUCGGGAUGACCUCGCGCGCCAGACACCGCGGCCCGCUUACGCUCCGUCCCCGGCCGCCCCCGCGCCCGCUCCGGCUCCCGCCCCCGCCGCUCUCGUCGUCGGCGAGGUGACGCCGGACCCGAACGGCGCGGAGGAGAUGGAGCGCAAGAAGGAGCGCAUCAUGAUGCUGUCGCUGCAGCGGCGGCAGCGCGCCGAGGAAGCGCGGGCCAAGGCCGAGGCCGACGCGGCCGCGAGGCGCGCCCGGGAGGAAGCCGCCGCCGAGCUCAAGGCGGCGCGCCGAGAGGAGCAAGCGCGACGCCGCGAGGCCAUCCUGCAUCAGUACAAGCUCAAGAAGGCCAUCGAGGAGGCCGAGCGAGAGGGCAAAGUGCUGGACAGGUCCGAGUUCCCCGAUGCGCCGUCUCGGGCGGGCGGAAACCCGGCGGGGGCGACGGGCGCGACGCGUCUCCGCGGCCGAGCGGCCGCCCGAGCCCGCCCUAAGACCAUCCACGUGGACGGCGGCGCCCUGCACGCCGCCGAGGGCAUGCUGCGGCGCCAGCCCUCGCACACGAGCCUCGCAGGAGGCGCGGGGCGACGCGACUACUACCGGGGCUCGCAGGACGACCUGCAGGACCGGCCGGCUCUCGCCAGAGGUCCGCCUCCGUCGGGGUCUCCGGGCGAGGAGCGCGGCGUGACGUCGCCGGGCAGCGCGUCCAGCGGGCCCCUCGCGCGCCGCGGCUCCUGCAAGACCUCCAGAGAGCGCGGGGCCGAGGAGCCGCCGCCGGCCCGCGGCAGGUCUAAGUAUUCCACUUACCAGAGUAGCUUUAAAGCCGGAAGGAAAUCUAGCUCCCUCGUCAACUUGUGCGACUCGGGGCUGGGGCGCGCCACGCCGCCUCGACGCGCGGCGUCGCCGGGCGUGCGGACGCUGGGCUCGCCGUCGUCUCCGGCGUCGGGGCCCGGCUCGCUGCCCGGCGCCAUCGGCAAGCGGCGCCAGCCCGCCCACGACGACGUCUCCGACGUCUCCUCCACGCACUCCUCCAUCGUGGACUACUCGGGUCCGCGGCUCUACAAGCAGCCGGCGACGAAGUCGAACCGCGGGAUCAUGCUGAACGCGGUGGAGUACUGCGUGUUCCCGGGCGCCGUCAACGCCGAGGCCAAGCGGCGCGUGCUGGAGGAGAUCGCGCGCUCCGAGAGCAAGCACUUCCUGGUGCUGUUCCGCGACGCCGGCUGCCAGUUCCGCGCUCUCUACGCCUACUGCCCGGACACGGACCACGUCACCAAGCUGUACGGCACCGGCCCGCGCUCCGUCAACGAGCGCAUGUUCGACAAGUUCUUCAAGUACAACUCGGGCAGCAAGUGCUUCUCGCAGGUGCACACGAAGCACUUGACGGUGACCAUCGACGCGUUCACGAUACACAACUCGCUGUGGCAGGGCAAGAAGGUGCAGCUGCCCAGCAAACGGGACAUGGCGCUGGUCAUCUAGGCCUCCCCUCUAGUCGACGGUCGGUCGAGCCGCCUCUUUCGCCUUCGACGCGACGUAAACUGAGCUUUAAAAGACAUUUAUUUUAAAUUUAACGCGAUUAUUCCCACGACUGACCGUCCCGAAGCGGGAGCGUAGCUUUUAAUCACAAUUACGAGCGGGAGAGAGAAGCCGGGCGGCGUCGCAAGUUAACUUCACUAACCGCUUCGAAUCGUUUAGGUGUUUAAGUUAAAUUUUUUACCGCUUGUAAAGCUAAACUAAGGACGAGGAUUGUACUGCCUUAUUCUGUAAAUAAUUGUUUUUCGUUUUGUAUACAGCUAUUUAUUAAAGAAUGUUAAAGGAAAUUGAUGAAAGUCAUUUUUCAUUGUUCGAUGGUCGGUCAUCAAUUAUAUUAUACCUACGUACUACCCGCGUAUACGGUACGGAAAUAUAUUGUAUUAAUAAAACGUAACGAAAUAAUAUUCAAUUUCACAUUUAA